UUAAAUAAUAUUCAUUUUAGUGACAAAACAAUUGGAUAUUUUCGUUAUACUUUAAUGCUCUUUACUGCUCUAAUUCUUGUUUUUAUUUAUUUUAUUUAUCUUUUAUAUUAUUUACAAUAUCCCGAUUUUGUUUACGUUAAUGAUCAGCAAUCUGUACUUAAAAAUAGUCUGCCAGCAAUUUUUCAAAUAAAUGAUCCAUGCAAAGAAACAAACAAUUUAUAUAAAUUAUUUGCUGUAAUUAUACCAUUUAUAUUUACAAUAACCCCUUUUUGUAUUAUAAUUAUCACUGGAAUUAAAAUGGUUAGAUAUGUUAAUUCACAUACAUUCCCUGAUUCGCAAUUGAAAGAUUAUACAAAACAACUCACAAAAAAUUUAAUUAUUUUGGCAAUUAUUCCUCUAACAAUUCUUAUUGCAACAUCUUCUUUCGUUUUUCUAGGCUCUACAAACAACACAAAUUGUAACAAAAUAAAUUAUGAAUUUAAUUUAAAUCAAUUUAAUUCACAAUAUUUAUUUAAUUUUUUAAUUCAUUUAGUCCCUGUUAUUAAUCCGGUUGUUUGUAUUUUAACAAAUAAGCCAUAUAGAGUAUUUGUUUUUAGUCAUUUAAAUAAAAUUACACCAACUUUGUAA